CACUUACUGCCAUUCAACCUCCAUGGGAGAAUGGGGAGGGCACAAUUAGAAUGUUAUUUUUGCUCACACAACUUCUGCAAAGUUUUCUGAUUUAUUCAGGAAGGACAGCCCACAUUUAAUUUGCUUCUUCUUUUGUCAGCCACGUGACGUGAGUUUGCCUUGGUGGUGGAGGAGACGAGAGAAGUGUUCUUGUGCUUCGACAUGGAUUACACGGACUGUUUCGUCAUUUGAUGGGGGAGAUGAAGGUGCUGGCGUUUGGAGGACCACGCAUCUAAACACUGCACACUACAGUGGAAUUUGAAUCGACUGGCAUCAGCGACAAAUGGAGAGGGAUAAGGAAAGACCAAAGCAGCAUCUGGAAACCAAGGAACCAAUGGACAUCAAAGCCAUGGAGACUCUGGAAAGGCAAAUCUCCGAUUACCUGCACUCACUCCCAGCUCUCACAGAGGAAGAGAAACAGAAGUCAUGGAACAACCUCAUCUCCCUCUUCCUCCAGAUUUUUGACAAUGUCUCAACUAAUUGGAUGGUGAGGUUCCCAAGCAUCCUCCCGUUCUCCACGGAAGCUUCCAGAAUGCUGGUGCAAUCUAUCAACAAGAAGCUUGCUGAAAGAUCAGGAGGUGAGGCAGCUGCCACUGUAGAGGCAUAUCUGCGAUGUAAACAAGAUGAAGACGACAGUGAGGGGUGGAAGUUGCUGCGAACAGUACACCUUUUAUCAACAGUGGACUCAGAAACACUGAAAAACAUGGUGAAUACGGGACUUCCCUUAGUUCUUCUAAAAUGCAUACAUCUCUUCUUUACUUUUUCACCUGAAAAUGAUGCUGAGAUACGGGAAGAGAGAGCCCAAGACAAGAGUACGGUUUUCCAAGAAACCAUAACACAUGUGAUGGUAAACCUGUGCACACAGGUGUCGGCUGUGGAGGCAAUGAUACAGAAUGGUGAUCUUGGACAUCUCAUUGUGAUGGUGGUCUCCCAAUGGGACCUGUGUUCUUCCUGGAGAAAGUACACUGCUCAUGUGUUACGGGCUGUCUCAAAGACCCCCACGGAAAAUACCGUCAGAUACCUCCAUGACAACAGCUAUAUGAAGUGCUGCAUUGAAAGUUUAUCGGCAAUGGCAGACAGAUCCUCUGUCUAUGUGGCAGCUCAAGCAGCAGUCAAUGUCUUCUGUUUUGUGAACGAUUCGUAUCGGGUUUCUGGAGAGUUGCUCGCUGACUUUGAAAAGAAUGAAGGAUAUGAACUGCUGACUAUGCUGCUGCUUGGGUUUGAUAAAGAACUAGAAAAGGAAGAAGAGAAGUCUUUGGAAGAUCUAGUUGACUUUUUGAGUUCACUCACGACCUAUGGAGAGAAGGAGCUAAAGGUGAUGCCUUCUGUUACAGGCUCUCAGUUCCCAGGAUUUCAGUUUCAACAACCACCAAAGUCAGGUACAACAGUGAAAAACCUCCAGGCUUUCAAAGUUUUGCAAACAGUUUUUCUAAAUUCUAAUUGUUCCCACGUCUCAUCAAUCAUCCUGGAUCGAAUCCGAAAGAUCUGGAUCUGGAACAAAGCCAAUUUCUUCCUUCUCGAAUGGACGCAGCAAGUAUUCUUUCAGUUUGCUGAGGCCAUAUACCUUAAGUCCGAGGCCGUGCAGACUCAGUACUUUCAAAUGCUGCGUUUUGUGGUGUUUGAUCUGUCCUAUAUACCCCAUGAUGUAUUUUCAAGAGUUCAGGCGGUCAUUCGAGAGAACCUCUCUCCGGUGUGUGCCUUGCUGGCUCUGGAAUGUGUCCUGGACAUUUCCAAGUUUGACCCUCUCCUCUCCAUCGUGUUCCGGGAAACUCGCCUGCUGGAGAUGCUCCUCACGCAGCUUCAACGUCACGGAAAGAUGCUGAGGAAAGCAGGGAAGAGAGGACCUUCAGAUGAACAUCAACACCAGAAAGAGGCCUUAAGUUUGAUGUUGAAAGUUGUGGCGGUUAUGCUGCAAGGCUCCGUGAAAAACAUUGUGAUUCUUCGAGAAAAUGGGAUGACCCCCUACAUCAAGAUCUUCCUUGAUGACAAGUGUUACCGCAGCCAUGCCCUGGCCAUCUUGGAGCAGCUCUUCAUCGUCAAUGCGGAGGAGUACAUGCGCGUUGUCAUCGGGGUGCUGUGCUUAGCCACGCGGGGUGAAUUCAUGCUGAAAUUUGACCUUCUGCAGUCUAUGUUGAAUGUUCUGGGAUCGGCAAAGGCUUCGUCCGCUUUCAGGACGGCCGGUGGAUUCAACGCCUUGCAGUCCGUGUUGGCGGACAUGGAAGGAGCACUGUGUGACCCCCCCUCCGGCCAGUGGGCCUCUGUGGAUCUGACCGACAUCUGGGACCUGAUCGAGAUGACCCUCGGCACUCUCACUGUUGCCAUGCACUCUGACCCUGUCAACAGCUACUUCUUCACAGCCCAGGGCCACUUUGACAAAAUGACCGAUGACUUCAGGCUCUUCGGGUGCUUCAGCAGCGGAGGGGAAAGGUUAUGUUCUCCCCUGGACAUCAGUGGCUGCAGAAAGUUUAAGGCGUGGCUGGACUUGGCAUACAAUCCCACCGAGGAAGUUCCACCCUCUUUGAGGAGUUGUGUGAAGAUAUUUGGAUUUCUGGAUCGAAUGGCGAAAGACAUGUCUUCUCCUCAUUGGCCUUCAGGGACAUUUCAUCCUCCAAAUCCCAGUGGAUCGACCAUCCAAAGAGACAUUGAACUUCUCUCUAGAAGUCACCAAAAUACAUCUGACGCCAGUGAAAAGAAUUCCGAGCUACCGACUGCCGGUCAUGGUGAAGAUAGGUUUGCAGCAGACCCUGUGAUAGUCCAUCCAGGAGCUAUUUGUGUCAUGCUGCAUCUGUUACCAAAUAUUAACUGCAAAGAAAUCCCGCAGCUGUCCCUGGAACUGCAGUAUGCAGUAAGUGAUUACAUUCUAUCGCUUGUCAAAACAGAACGCUGCCGCCAGACCAUGUGUGGCUCUGACCUCCUGAAGAUCUUGGUCAACUGCUUCAAGGAGGUUCUGGCUGAUCAUUCCAACCCCCUGCACUUUCCGCUCAUUAGGAUCUUUGAGAAGCUGGCGUGCCAAGCCAUUGAUCCACCUGUACUCAGGGAGUUCUUGCGCCUUGGUGACCCGCUGAACUGUGGAAUUGGAAAGCCCAAGAUGAGCGCUUCAUCGCGCAAAGAUCAGCCUUCUCUGCCCUGGCAUCAGAUUGACACCAAUGAGCUGGGCCGGAGGAGAAGCCAUACGCGGAGAGGUUCGCUCGUCGCAAGGAACAGGCCACUCCUGGCUUACAGUCUAUCCCGCCUGCCGAAGUACAUGACCAUCCCUCGGCACCGGGUCAUGAGCCUGGUCUCCGCGAUGUCUUCCCGACACUUCCAUGCAGCCAGACUGACCAUCGCACCGUCCUUCACCGAGUUUGACAUGUCCACCAUUGGCCACGGGUGCUAUUUCCUGCCCACUGUGGCCACAAUAUUGGGUUCCAAUGCGGACUCUCCAAUUGUUGGUGGAAUAGGGAAUGGUUCGCGGGGGUUUCCACCACCUGCCGGCCUGGCACUCUCCACGUGGUUCAUGGUUAACAGCUUCAGUUCUGCUUUUGACGCCCAUCCUGUCCGACUGCUGACGCUCUUCCGACACAUGUCGAAGAUGGAGAGGGACUACACCUGCUUGUCCGUCCGCAUAUCCGCACCGGAGCAGCUGCUGGUCAUUUCCACUCACGAGGAAGUGUUCGAACCUUUGGACUGGAGUGAUUCUGAGCAGGCCCAGCAGCCAUCCGCACUAACCGCUGUGGAGUUCGACGUGGCCAAGUACUUGGCCAUCGGUCAGUGGCACCACUUGUCUGUGACACUGACCAAGGAUUGUCGAAGACACAGCACUGUCGUCGCCUACCUGAAUGGGAAAGUGAUAGGAACGUCUAAGAUGCAGUAUAUCCAGACGUUCCCUGGAAUGCAUUUUACUUUGGACUCCUCGGCUGUGGUCGAUGUUCAUGGAAUUAUUGGAACUCCCCAGAUGUGGAAGCAGAAAUCGUCCUUGUCAUGGCGCCUUGGUCCAACUUACCUACUUGAAGAGGCCAUUUCUUCAGACACGGUUGAAGUCAUUUACCAACUGGGGCCAAACUAUUUGGGAAACUUUCAGUCGGUUAAUUUGCCUGUGAGUGAUUUGGCCAGCACACCAGUGCCUUCAAUACUUGUGGCCGAGGAGAAAGUAUCCUUUGGGAUCAACGUAAACUCUUCAGAAGUGAUGACCAUAACAGAUAUACGGAAGACAUUCAAUGAAGUGGACAGCCGAUUAAUCUCAAGUGAGUUGGGAAUUUCUUCACGAGAUGACGCCAUGCCCAUUGUUCUGGUGAAAAACACUGCCAGCCAUCUCCCCGGGUCAGCCCGCACUCUCGGGGCAGCUCUAGCAUGCUUCUCUGGAGUCAGAACAUUUGUUUCCAGUCCUGCUGCCAACUGCUUACAAUUCCUCGGUGGUCCUGCUGUGAUAUUAGGCCUGGUUGCCAUGGCGUCUGAUGAUGGUGAAAUGUAUGCAGCUAUUAAAGUUCUGAUUUCCGUUCUGAAUGGCAGUACGCUCUGCGAAAGGGAGAUGCAGCGUAUUAAAGGCUACAGGCUGUUGGCGCUGCUACUUAAACGGAGAGCACGGCUACUGAACGCCAGGAUCUUUCAGCUGGUCCUCACCAUAGUUGGCACGGUGGAACUGGGCCGAGGAACGUCCACAAUACACAACCAGUCUGCUUUCAGGGACCUGCUUUGUGACUUUGAGAUUUGGUCGCAUGCUCCUGAAAAACUCGACCUUCUGCUUCUUAGACACUUACUGGAUCUUCUCAAAAGCAGUGAUGGAGGCAGAAAUGCAGAAGUGAUGCACAGGCUCCAGGUGGCACAGAGACUUGUAUUUCUCCUGAAUGACCCAAACAAUACCAGAACCAAGGUUCAUCUCAUACAAACUAUCCUUGCAGAUCUGCUGAAAAAUUGCUUCAGUUUGACAGAUUUUCUCAGGAUUGGCCUAUUUCUCACCUACACAUUGCCUCCAGCGUCGAUGAAUGAGACCUUUAUUUCACUGGAGAGAGUUUCCGAUACUUCAAUAGAUGUCAUAAAUCAAGUUAGUGGAAGAACGAUAUGGUUAAGAAAUCAGCUGUUGAAGAUGCUGCUGGAUGUCUCGUGUGUUGGUCACCCCACCCUCAGUGCAAGAGAUCGGGAGAAAAUGUUCACAUCGCUGGGGCCAGAUUGGUUCUUUCUCUUCAUGCAAGAUCAUCUCCACCCGACCACGGUGAUCCUGAGCACCAGACUGAUGCUGAGUUUCCUGUACGAUCCCGCGCUGCUGGCCAAGUUCAGAGACGGCAUGGCAGGAAACGUCUGGCUGGGAAACAGCACGGCAGACUGUAACAUCUUAAUGGACAAUAUAAAAUCUUGCAUGCCUGCCUGUAGUAAGUCACCGCGCAUAAUACCCGGAUUGGAAAUGACUCAAAUCUUUCUGAAUCGGCACAUGGCCAUACCUCAGAUCCACAUUAUCCUGGCUGCAUUGCUCUUACAGAAGCCACUUGUUGAGAUGCCAGAAGUCUGGGAGGUGGACCUUGACACAAUGAUUUCUUGGCUUCUUGAACAAGUCAGACCUAAUCCAAGAGAAAAGUCGACGAAACUCCCUCCUGGAUUGUGCAUUGAAGCUGCUUUGAUGCUGCUGAGGAUGAUGAGAGCCAUAUUGAACCUGCCUCCCUCAGGAAGUGACAGCUCGUGGGACAUCACCUACCCAGGCAGCGUGAUACGGUUCUUCACCCAUGCUUACCACAUGUUCUCCAGUGACCCUCUCUGGAAGUCACCAGAGUUCCUGCAGGCAUUGGCUGCUGCUGCAUUCCAUGUGGAUCAACCCCCUCAUCACACGGCUGAUUGGGGACUGCUAGUGCAGGAGAAGCCAAGCUGUAACGCUGAGACUCAGCUCCACCCCGCCCAGAAGCAAGUGACGGAAUUCAUUCACACUCUCCUUUUGGACAGCUUGUUGAACACACCUGCAAACAAACUGUUGCAUCCGGUGGAGAUACUUGUCGAGAGCUCACCAGCAAAUGCAACUGAAGAGCAGAGGAAGUCAUUCCAGACGGCAAUGUUACUCUUCAUCAUGGACAUACUGCGCAACAUAACCGAGGCAUAUCCAAUGAUCAAGCCCAUGGUCAGAGAUGGUCCGAGUAAGACACAAGGCACAGCUGAUGGAAGCUUCGUCACGCUAUUUGGCAACAUGACCUAUUUCAGCCAACGGAUUGUGGACAAGUUGUACGCCAGAAUGUUUGAUGUCAACCCUGAACAGAUCCUUCGUUUCCUAACCAGACAGAUUUGUAAGUUAAUGGAACUGAUUUACUCGCAGAAGGACCAUGUAGUGAGCAGCCUUUACAGCAGUCUUAACAGAGCAGUCCUCUACUGCCUCUCAAGGCCUCGACAGUCACCUGCGGACCUGCAGCAGUUGCUGUGUACCUUGAAGUUCCUGCAGGAAUAAUGGGACGUCAUCUUUGCAACCUUCAACUCCAGUUUGUCGUUCACCAUUUGCCUCAUCCAUUGCCUUUGUCAGGUUAAAACCGGAAACUAUCCCGAUGGCUUUGGAGUGGGAACCAGCAGCAAAAAGGCAUCCUGGAACUUACAGGUGGCAACAAACCGUGAGCAAUAUGAUGGGUCCUUUGAGCCGAUGCAUAUACAUGAUGCUCAAAGAGAAGUCUUCGAUCUGGUUGACUGGGUGUGGAAUCGUCUCAUGACACAGAGAAGACCAACACUGGAGGACUACUACAAGAUAGACCUCUCUGUCAAACAGGCGGCCAGUGAGAAGGUGGUUGGCAUAUCUGAAGUCUCCCCCCUAUGGGAAGAAUCGGCAUCCAAGGCAUGGCUUCAAUAUAUAGCUUCGGAGAAGAAGAAUAUCUCAGGACAGCUUCAGCAGAACAAAACGGAAUGGUUCUCUGAGAGCCUGUCGACGGCCGUGCGUUUAGUGGGAAAGCGUCUUUCAAGAGAACCCGACGAUGUGACUGUCAAGGAUUUCUCCAUCAGAAUGGACGAGCAAAGGAAAACUGGUCAGGAAGUGUUUGCCAGCCUCCACAUUGACCACAUACAGAUGCAGAAGUGCAUUGUGAGCCACGCAGCGACGGACUGGGCCAAAGUUGAAGAGCAGCUGCUGCAAGAGCGGGGCUUGUGGGGGCCGUCAUCAGGGCCACAGCAGGGGGCCUGCAGCCUCGACAUGGCUGAGGGGCCAGGGCGAAUGAGGAAGAAGAUGAGACGCCAAACCAUUUGCAUCAAGUAUCCUCAGGAUGCAAGUCGGGGGGCCAAUCGUGAAAUUGGUGCGAAUCCCGGCAGUGAGCAGUUGUACCUCAAGCAUUGCUCUGUGGAGAUACAUAUGGGGCAAGUCGACAGCCAGCUAUACUCAGCUGGCGAGAGUAACAUCGAUGAACAAGGCAUUGACUGCAACCAGCUGACGUUCUUCCCUGCACUUUCCGAGAGUGUCCAGUCUGAGGAGUUCUUCGAGCAGUGUGUCGAGCGGCAGGCUAUUCUCCAGGCACUGGUUGACAAGGAGAAGAUCAACAUGAAGGUCUCCCUCAUCAUCACUGAAGGCUCACUGCUGAUGGAAGGUGUCCUGCUCUUUGGCCUAGAUCACUUCUACAUCUGUGAGAAUUUCACCCUGUCAUCUUCUGGUGAUGUUUACUGCACCAAACACCAUCCCUCAAGCAUCAACGAUCCCUACAUUUAUGACAUGUGCCACAAAGAGGCUGGUGGGAAAAUUCCCAAAUGUUCCAGAUAUUCUUGCGGCGAUGUUCAUGAAAUUCACCAUCGUCGUUUCCUUCUUCAGGAUUUUGCAUUUGAAAUCUUUUUAAAGGGUGGAUUUUCAAAGUUCCUUAUUUUCCAUAAAAAUGAUAAGAAAAACGUCUUAAAAAAAUUCUACAACAUGAUUCCCGCUAUAAAGAAAGGAAAUCCCGAUAGCUCAAGGAACCUGGGAAAAAAACUGGUGGAGAAAGGAAUAAUCCAGAAGUGGCAGAAAGGAGAGAUGAGCAACUUUGAGUACCUGAUGUACCUGAACACCAUGGCUGGGCGCACAUACAAGGACCUGAUGCAGUACCCUGUCUUCCCCUGGAUCCUCGCUGAUUACCACUCAGAGGAGUUGGAUCUCACCAAUGUUAGGACAUUCCGAGAUCUCUCCAGACCCAUGGGCGCGCAGACAGAGGAGAGGAAAGACAAGUUCGUCAAGAGAUACUUUGAAAUCGAUAAUGAUGGGGACCUAUCCGCAAGAUGUCACUACUGCACCCAUUAUUCCUCAGCAAUUAUUGUUGCUUCUUACCUGGUCCGAAUGGAACCCUUCACGGAGAUCUUCUGCUCACUUCAGGGAGGGAAUUUCGAUGUGGCGGACAGGAUGUUCUUCAACAUGAAGAAGGAGUGGGAAUCAUCGUCCAGGGACAACAUGGGUGACGUGAGGGAACUGACUCCCGAAUUCUUCUAUCUGCCCGAGUUCCUGGUCAACCACAACAAGCUGGAGUUUGGUUCCACGCAGGACGGGACCACGCUGGGGGAUGUGAUUCUUCCUCCCUGGGCAAAAGGAGAUGCUCGAGAAUUUAUCCGUCUACAUCGCAUGGCUUUGGAAUGUGACUAUGUCUCUGCACACCUCCAUCACUGGAUAGACCUCAUAUUUGGUUACAAGCUGAAGGGUCCAAAUGCCGUUGAAGCAGUCAAUGUUUUCCAUCCCUAUUUCUACGAUGAGCUGGCCGAUCUCAGUAACAUCAACGACCCAUUGAAAAAGGAUACUAUCUUAGGAUUCGUCAGUAACUUUGGGCAGAUUCCUAAACAGCUUUUCAAGAAAGCGCAUCCAGCCCGGAUCAACCAAGCCAGGCAUUGGUCAGGGAAGGACCACCUCCUGCUUGCCUCCACCCAGCCUAUCUUCUACCACCUGGAGAAUCUGAAGCCCUCUGCUGCCCCAGUGACAGCCUCACUUGCUGGAGCCGUCGGACAGAUUGCACUCACUGAGAAGGGAGUUGUUGCUGUUGAGAAGAAUACAACACUACUGCCUCCCCACGGCAAUAAAACCUUCUCCUGGGGUCAUGACGACUUCAGCUGUUCCCUGGGUAACUACGGUACUGACAAGGGCCAGGUGGUGUUUGAAUGCCUGUCAGACUGGGGACAGUGCCUAUGUGCCGUGUGUCCCACCCCGGCCAAGGUUAUUACUGGCGGAACCAGCACUGUCAUCUGUGUAUGGGAACUAUUGAGCAGCAAAGACAAAUGGAAAAGUAUGGUGCUAAAAGAGGUUCUCCAUGGCCAUACGGAGGCUGUCACCUGCCUGGCUGUCAGCUUGACGUACAACGUGAUUGUGAGCGGGUCAUGUGACAGGACCUGCAUCAUCUGGGACUAUAACACCAUGGCCUACCUCAGUCAACUCCAGCACCACCAAGCCCCAGUCACCGCCCUCUCCAUCAACAAUACAACUGGGGACAUUGCCUCCUGUGCUGGGACAUGUCUCUACCUGUGGACCCUGAAUGGCCAGGCAGUGGCCAAUAUCAGCAUGACCACCGAGCUGGCGAAGGACAUCCUGUGCUGUUGCUUCACGGAGAUGCAUGAAUGGGACGAUCGCAAUGUUGUUAUCACGGGAUGCGCUGAUGGGACAGUGCAGCUAUGGAAGCCAGCAUUCACAAGAGUACAAGGGGAACACACUGCAUCUCAGCACUCCAGUACAGACAAACAUGCGGAUGGGCGGUGGGAGCGGCAACUCGUGCUUUGUCAGGAGCUGAGGCGGAGCAGCGGGCCAGGGAACAGCCCCGCCAUCACCAGCUUGGCCCUCUCCAGAAAUCACACCAAGCUCUUUGUUGGUGAUUCGUGGGGCAGUGUGUACACUUGGUCUGCUGAAGGCUGAAGCAAAGACUGCGGGCAGUAGGUCAAUGACAGUGGAUCCAUGAAGGAAGUGUGGCUUCUAGUGACAAUUUACACUUAUACCAAGCCAAUUAACCUGCAGUGCUGCACGUCUUUGGAGUGUGGAAGGAAACCGAAGAUCGGUGAAAACCCACGCAGGUCACGGGGAGAGUGUCCAAACUCCAUGUCGGGAUCGAACCCGGGUCUCUGGCGCCGCGCGCGAGGCAGCAACUCUAUCGCUGCACCACUGUGACGCCCACCGACAAGUCAUUUAUAAACGUGACGAGUCAUCUUUCCACUCAAGAUAUCUGUUAAUAAUCUUCUUUCCAUUCGUAAGUAAUUAGGAAUGAUGCACUUGGCCAUGUUUUGCAUUGUCAGGUUGUUUUGGGUUAAUAUGCAAGCAUAAAUGGAAACAGACUAAUAGUUUGUGAUUCAAAAAUCACAAACCACAAAAUCUCCAGUAAAGAACUAAGUGAUCUUGAGUCUGAAUCCCCAUCCUGUUUGUGUAAACUCUAUUUCACCAUCUCUACAUGCAGGAUGGCAGUAAACAAACAUCUAUUGUGAGGCAGAUACUGGGUGUGAUAUUACAGUGUGUAUAUAUGUAGUUGUGUGAAGAUAUCAGGUCAGGUAUCUGACGACGGACUCCCAUCAAAUCUUGUUUACUUUCAAAAAUAAACUUUAUUACAUA